AUGACUUUUUUGGAGAUGUGCAAAUACUCCACCUUCAAAAAUAAGAACAAAAACAAUGAUGACGACAAUGAUAACAAUAAGAAGUAUAAAACCGACUUUGACAUUGAAGAGAGCAUUCAUGAUAAUUAUGUUAGAUUAGAGAAAGACAAAGUAGAUGACCAAUCCAUCAUUAUUCCUGCAGGGUUUAAAACUCAGAUCCAUAGUCAGGGUUACAAGGAACUUUUGCAAGCUAUUCUAGAUUAUUGUAGAGAACUUUUUAGACUUGAGGACAAGCAAAAAUCUCUAGAAAUUGAAGCAAAGAGUAGAGGGCUACCUGUUCCUCAAGUUCUUCCAUCAGAGAAAAGAAAGUUACAAGAGAAAGCCAGGAAAAUGGCUUUGAAAUAUUCUUUCAUCAUUUUCCAACGGAAGUCAGAGGCAUCUAGACCAGGCUUAUCUCUCAUUGAGUAUACAAAGGCUAAAGUAAAAGCUGUUGGAAAUCAGAAAGCUGAUAAAGACUUUUAUGAAACUCUAAUUCUUUUCACAGCUAGAGUUCUUCAGCCAGCUUUUGAAAAAUAAUGUAUCUAAACUCGAAGUUGAAUUGAGCAGACUUUUUAGAACAAAUGCUUUCAAUAUUACUGAGAGGACACAAGCUGAAAAGAAGAGACUCGAAAAGUAUCCUCAAUUGAGACCUCCUCAGAAGAAAGAAGACACUAAAGAGCUGAUUUCUAGGUAUGCUAUGAAAGCAAGAGUGCCAAAUGAGAGCUAUCAUCAUUCUUACAUCAAGCAAAAGACUGAGAUAAGACCUCUGUUUUAUAAGCUAACCCCUCAUGGAGCUACUAAUGCUAGGUCUCCACUAAUCUCUUUAUUGUUCCCUUCUAUGAAGGACAAGAUCAGAGUUUUUGAGGAAGAGAGCAAGAAGAGAAAUGAAGCUAAAGGCAAUAGAUCAAUGAUCGUCAAGCCUACAGAGCUUGAUCAGAUCAUUGAACAGGAAAGUAGGAAGAAAAAGAAAAAUUUAAACCAGACUGUAACAGAUUACUUGUAA